CUCUUGGAUGGCUUUCAAAGUUCCAGCUUCCAUCGAGGUUCUCUGCCUCAGUAGAGUUAGGUAUCCAGGAGGGAUACCUCAGUGCAAACCAGAAAACUGAAUUGGUGCGGGAUGUUUGUACAAGCAUCAAUCACUUCACUAACCACCCAAAGCGUUCUGAGAGGUAAUGGAUUGCUAAAAAAAAUUGUUGAAGAGUAUCCACGUAUGGCUGGCAAGAAACUAGUUGACUCACACACUGAAUGGGUGCAGAAUAAUCACUCCGAUCUACGAAAGCCGAGAAGGGACUUCAUACUUCAUACUUCAGACUUCAGACUCCAGACUUCAGACCUCGCUCCCUGGGCACCCGUCCUCCAAUUUUUCAUUCCUUGUUGUUAUGUGCCAACAUGGAUGAUGAUUUCUGCUCGUAAAGACCCACAGGACUGCUGUGGACACAAUUACGCAGUAUAAGGCUAUUAUCUCUAUACUUCGCCCAAUUCGUUUUGUGUUCCUCAGCUACUUAUGGUGGUGUCGAAUUUGUUGGUCAAAUACUGUUUAUCACCACGGAGCCGACACAAGCUGCAAUUGUAGAUAAGGACUCCUUCACCUGGACUGGUUUCCCGUGAGUUGGCGUGGCAAUGCAAGGGUCAGUCCACACAGACACGAGUUCUUGUUUUGGUGCGGUAAAGAUCUCGCAAAUCGUGAUGAUUGCCCUUGUUAUGGCGGGAUCCCUGGUGGGGAACAGUGCAAUAUGUGUUUUACUCAUCAGGUUUAAGACUCUUCGAACAGUAACGAAUAUUUUGAUCGCAAACUUGGCUGUCAUUGAUAUCCUCAACACUGUGACCAACAUGCCUCUCAUGAUCAUGUGGUACACCUGCAAGGUUCCUUAUCUUAAUGGACGUGCGACAUCGUGGUUCAUCGUGACAUGGUACGUGCUGUUCAUGUACCUCACAGUAUUUAAUCUUACUGCGAUGACAAUGGAUCGCUUCGGAGCCAUCGUUCAAAGCAUUUGGUAUUAUUCAUGGAAGUCCGUGAACAAGGCGAAGGUAGCUGUGUUGAUCGUAUGGAUUCUUGCCGCUGCCUAUACCUACGGAAUGUUUGUUUUGGGAUUGGAUAUUGAUAUUGGAGACGCCCCUGUUCUGGCAUACAGGAAACACUAUUUCGAAAAUUUCGGAAGGCUUUUCAUCAUUCCUGGACACCUUGUUCCGCUCACGAUUAUGCUCUACACGGGUGCGUCCAUUUGGCACUCUGUGUACAAACACGACAAACGUAUCUCUACGUUUUGUUCGAUCGGGAGGCGCUUUAAAAACGACGUGAAUACUGCGAAGACGAUAGGUUUAACUGUGAUUGCGUUUCUCCUAAUGUGUGUUUUACCGAUGUUGUUACACAGCAUCUCGAAAAUGCAUGGUACAUGGUCUCAUUUCCUUGCCUUUUUCCUCGGGCAUUUGAACGGCAUGGCAAAUCCUGUCAUCUAUGCACUUAAGACUCAGAGGUUUCGCAAAGCUUUCGUGUUGUUCUGUAAAGAUCCUUUCGGAAAGUCACAGCCCCAGAUGACUUCAAAGAAUCCGAUAAAUCAUUAUGCCCUUUCAAGAAUCUUUCCGCAAAGUACAGAGGUCUGCAGCACGAUCAACUAUCGAUAAUACUGAAGUCAAGAAGUAUCACGGUAGCAUCUUUGAUGACAAUUUUGGCCCCAUAGACCUAUGCUGAGCCUAAUAAUUAACUGGCCACAACUUUAAACAACACCAGCUCAAAAAACUAAUUUUUAUCGUUUGUCUGACCAUUUGACUGUAUACUGGUACUAUUCUUUAGGCCACAGGAUGGACUGGUCACGUGUUCGCUUAACUUGCUUCGUUGUGAGCGGCUGGUUUUUUAACUGCUGUGAAUCGCGCAUUUCGAAAAUGUGUUACAAACGAUAACAACAACAACAACAACAACAACUUUAUUGUAUCCGAUAUUAAAUUUUGACAAUUUAUUGGUUAAAAAUGAUAACUAAUUAUUAUUAUGAUAAUAAGGGGUUUUCAGCACCUGGAAAUAGGAUAAAUAAGCAGCUGAAAAUGACAGGGAACUGGAUGAGUUUUGGUGAAUUAAAGAUUAACAGCGGAGUUACAGUAUGAUGAAAAGAAAGAAUUAUAAUAACUAUAAUUAAAAUCUUCGAAGAUCAAACCCUAGCUAUAGCUACAAAAAUGCACAUGGACAAUAAUAUUUUAGCUUAAAACUAGUUACGGAGAGUAACGUAAGUACAAUGAUUAUCAUAGUAGUGUUCGGUAAAAUGUGACUUAAAUAAUACCUCGUUUGUUGGAUAUUCACCCCGAUGAGUAACUACGACCUUCUGUGCAAUGGCAACUUUUUGUGUUGAAAGGCCAUAUAACGACCAAUUUAUCUGAAAAGUUCUAAAAUGUUGCCCGCAGUGAAGCCUUGAAUUUUUACAAGGUACUGCUCAUUUCUGCUACGUCUGCUUUUAUGAACCGCAAAAAGUAUGUUAGACAUAAGCAAUAACUUAGUUGAAACAGCUCUUCUUUGAAGGUCGUGGGCUCACAAUCUGAAUUUACUACCACACUAUCUCUCUUCAAGUCUGUUUUCCAUUGAAAGAAAUUGUCAACAAUGACAACAACAAAGAUUCGUCCACUCUUUUGACAUCGUUACACUGAUUAUUUUAAACAGACUCAACACGACCGCGGAUUUCUUUCGCACCUUUAAUGAAACAUUGCUCCAUAGAGUCAAACUUAAGGGACGGGCAUUUUUGUAUAAGGUCAGUUGAUGUAACUCUUGCUGGCAGAUAUUGAACCAGACUUGGUUUCACGAGCCGAGUGAUUUCUUCGUAACUAAACAAAUGGCUAUCAAGAACUUUUGUACGCGGCUGUCCCCGGAAAAGGGCGAAACCUAAACACGAGAGCCUGCUUGCAGGCAUAACAGAUGGUGGUAGGAAAUCUUAUGGGCAGCGGUAGAUUGCUGGUAAAUGGCUGUUUUUGAAACCCCUGUUGCUCUCGACAA